UAGAGUAGAGUUGGUGUUCUCUUUGUGGCUUCUAGUAAGCUUUUUUUUUUUAAAGGAAAUUCCUUCGGAAACAUAAUCCUACACAAUGUGUGAGCAAUUUGUGGGAACUUGGAAGCUAGUUUCUAGUGAUAAAUUCGAUGACUACUUGAAAGAACUUGGUGUGGGCUUUGCCACCAGGAAGAUGGCUACCGUUGCCAAGCCGAAUGUGAUCAUCAGCUGCAACGGCGAUGUCAUAACCAUCAAAACGGAGAGCAGUUUAAAGACCACAGAACUCUCCUUCAAACUGGGGGAACCGUUUGAUGAGACCACAGCAGACGACAGGAAAGUAAAGAGUGUUGUGACGCUAGACAACGGCUCACUCAAUCAUGUGCAGAAAUGGGAUGGCAAAGAGACCACAAUAAAAAGGAAAAUAGAAGAUAGCAAGCUGAUUGUGGAAUGUGCUAUGAACAAUGUUAUCUCCAUUAGAAUCUAUGAGAAAGCAUGAAGACUCCCUUCUGUGCAGUUAACAGGGCCCCGAAGCACGAGGAUGAAGCUCGGCUCAGAGAGCAAAGUCUCACACGGCAAUUGCAUUCUUCAAAGAAAGGCGAUGUUGACAAGCCAAUUCCAAGGCACCCUUGUAUCUAAUCUGAAGUAUUGUGGUUAUUCAAUAAAGUGCUCACCUUGAGACAGGGAAAAAGAA